GGUGACCGGUUGGUUAGAGUGUUUGCGGGCUGCGGAGAAGACGGCGCUGCUGCAGGACGGUAAUGAGGACAUGUGGGGUUAUUGUGAAAAUUGAAUUUGAUGAAACAUACGAAGUGCCUGGUUGACAGUAAACACUGCAUCCUACCUGGACUCAGGACAAGACACUUCCCUGUGGAGAGGAAGUGGUUAGUCCAUACAGCUUCACCUGCUUGCCGGCAGCUCCUGUCCCAUGUCCUGACCCCUUUCAGGUCCUCUGGGCCACCCAGUGAUUAAAGACCUAGCUGAUGUUGGACUGCUGAGAGGCCCUGCAAAUUUGGGGGGAGAAGGAAGGUGCACUAUUUGUUCCCAGACGGGAAGGAAAUGGCUGAAGAAUACGACGAGAAGACGAGUGAACUACUUGUGAGAAAGUGGCGUGUGAAAAGUGCCCUAGGAGCCCUGGGCCAAUGGCAGCUUGAAGUAGGGGAGCCAGCGCCCCCAGGCGCAGGGAGCUUGGGACCUGAAUUCAUCAAGGAAAACAAUGCCAAUCCCAUCUUCAUGCGCAAGGACACCAAGAUGAGUUUCCAGUGGCGGAUUCGGAACCUCCCCUACCCUAAGGAUGUCUAUAGUGUCUGUGUGGAUCCGAAGGAACGCUGCAUCGUUGUCCGAACAAGCAACAAAAAGUACUACAAGAAGUUCUCCAUUCCUGACCUCGACAGAUAUCAGCUACCCCUGGAGGAGUCCUCGCUGAGCAUUGCUCAUGCCAACUGUACCCUGAUCAUCUCCUAUCAGAAGCCAAAGGAGGUCGUGGUGGCUGAAUCAGAGCUACAGAAGGAACUCAAGAAGGUAAAGACAGCCCACGGCAGUGAUGGGGACUGCAAGACCCAGUAGCCGGCCCUGGAGCCUUGCACCUGCAGCAUGGAGGGUGCCGUGAGGUUCCAAGGCUUGGGUCUUUCCAGCAGGGGGCAGCCUCCUCUCUUUCAGGAGCUACCCAGAGUUCAUAGGAACUGGACAGUAGGGCCUUCCUAGCCUCUGUGUCAUGCCUGGACUUACUUCCUGAGUGAAGUCAUUUUGAGUUACUGCAGAUGGUCUGCCCCCUGCCCACCUCCGUAAGCUGCCUGUCCUCAGUCAUGACUGGCCUCAGAGAGACCUUGUGCUAUCUUAGCUCACGGAAGGUCCUAAGAUGGGUGCAGGCAAGGGAGACUUGGCCCUGCCACAGUCCAUUCCCUGUACCUCACAGGGUGACAGCCACCCCACCACCAGAGCUAAAGGCAGGGGUGGGCUUUCUGAAAAAAAUAAACCUUUGGUCCUUGGGAUCUAGAACGUGA